GUAGUCUGACACAACCAGUUGUUUUGGAAACGCGCAAGUUAUAACAACGUUUGGUCUAAACGUAUCUCUACUAAAAAGAUUUUAUUCGAUUCGUUUUUUCGACAGUGUGGAAUAUUUCAAAUACAAAAGAAAAACAAACAAAAGUAUAAGAAAAAAAAUUACAGUGAAACAAAAUUAGGUACUUAAUUAUUUAUUUAACAUUAAAUCAAGGCGUCAAUUAAUUAAAAUAAAAUAUACUACAACAAUUAAGAAAUCUAAAAACAACUAAAGAAAAAUGUCUAAUCAACCAGAAAUUACCGAAAGCCAAAAACAAAUUCUUGCAACUUUUCGUGAGAAUGUCAAGGAUGUGUUAAAUGAAACCCACGAUGACUACUUCUUAAUGCGUUGGCUUAGAGCUAGAAAAUGGAAUCCAGAAAAUGCAGAGAAAAUGUUACGUGCUAGUCUUAAAACGCGUGCCAUGUGGAAUGUUGACAGUUUAGAGAAAUGGGAAGCACCUAAGGCCUUAAAAGAGUAUUUACCCUAUGGUAUGGUGGGUUUUGAUAAUGAAGGUUCACCCGUUAUUGUAUGUCCUUUUUACAAUUUGGACAUUUAUGGCAUGUUGCACUGUGUCACCCGUUUUGAUUUUCAACGUUAUGUGGUCAUGCUGCUGGAACGUUUUAUGAAGGCCGGUUAUGAGCAAAGUAAAAUACAUGGUCCUAAGGCACGUCAGCUGGUGGUGUAUUUUGAUGUGGCCGAUUUUAAUUUAAAACAAUAUGCCUGGCGUCCAGCUACCGAGUUGAUUAUAUCCAUGAUUAAACAAUAUGAACAAAAUUAUCCAGAAAUUUUGAAAAUGUGCUACAUAGUCAAUGCACCAAAAUUGUUUUCUGUUGGUUUCAAUUUUAUUAAGAAAUUUUUAGACGAAUACACCAUGAGCAAAAUCAAUAUUUAUAAAUCUGGCAGCGAUAAAUGGAAGGAUGGUUUAUUUAGUCAUGUUGAUCCCAAUAUUUUCCCCAAAUGUUUUGGUGGCAAAUUUGUAGAAAAUGGCGAUGAAAGAUGUCCUAACAUGAUUGUUUGGGCUGGCAAAAUUCCCAAAGAUUUGUAUGUGGAACAGAAAGAGGAAUUCGACAGCAAUAAAAACUUUAUAGAGACCGUAGUUAACAAGGGUAAUAAAUUGAAGCUGGAAUUCGAUGUGGGCGAAAAGAAGCCCGGCGAGGAAGAUCAAAUUUUAUCUUGGGAAUUCCGCACCAUCGAUUAUGAUAUUAAAUUUGGCAUCUAUAGUGUGGAUAAGAUUACGGGAGAAAAACAAAGUGAAGUGCAUUUGGGUACUGUUUCCUCUAAUGAAAUGGAUGAAGUAGGCUUCUUUUUCACACGCCCCAAUACCAAAUACACUGUAGUAUUUGACAAUUCCGGCAGUUAUUUGCGCAGCAAAAAGUUGCGCUAUUGGGUGUCUUUGAUCUCGGAAAAUGAUGACAUUACCGAGUUGCCUUCUCAACAGGGACAAACAGAACUGGUGGCUGCCGACAAAUAAACUUUAGUUGUAGAAUAUUUAAAGUACUGGAAAACUAUUUUUUUUCAUUUACCUCUUAGGUUGGAUAAGCUAGUAAGCCAAAAGCUUUUUUCUUAGAUAUUUAAUUAACAAAUUUAAUCAUGACAACACAAAAAAAGAAGACAUUCCAAACGGGUCAUAAAGUUUAAGUUAUAUAACUUAGUUAGGAAUUUUGUAAAGGACGUAGAAGAAAUGAACAAUUUUUGUAUAUAAAACAAUAACCAAACAACUUUGUACUUAGAAUUUCUUUUGUAAUAUUUUUCCGCGUUGUGGGAAUUCAUGUUUGUUUUUAUUUUUAAUAAUUGUGAUACUAUUUCAAAGUUUUUUUUUUUUUUUUUGUUUUUUAAAUAAUUAAGUAUAUUUUAUUAGUUUUGUUCUUAAAUUGUUUGUUUUUUAUCUUUCUUAUUUUUUUCCUCUUGUAAAUACAAUACUUAUAAAUUAAUGUGAUUAUAUUUAAGUAAAUAAUUUUUUUUUUGUUUAAUAAAAUAUGAUUUUUUCAGUUUUAUC